UUAGGUAGUAACGUAGUGUGGUAAUGUGUCCCAAUUUUUACUUGAGUUGCAAACUAACUUAUUUUUAUUGUUGAAUAGUGUAAUUGUUUGGAGAACACGUGCGGCCCAAGUGUUUGUAUAUUGAGUUAGAUAGAAACCUUGGGGGUGAUUAAAACGGAUUUGCUUUUCACUCGGGAGUGCAAACGGGAACCGUACUUAACAUAUCUUAUGUUUUUGAAUCCGAAGAAAAGUCCGCUAAGUGCAGAAGUGAGCAGUGAUCAAAUGAUAUCUACAGUUUUGCAGUUAAGGCAGGUUAAGUCAGCGCAAUAAAUGCAAGUUCCGUGAAAUCAUAUUAGAAGCAGUUCCCUUUGGAGCAAUCAUCUUUAACAUGGAAGUGCAUUUCAAGUCUGUCCUUAUCAUUUAUGCAAUGGUACACAAUGUUCGGAGUACCACCACGCCUUUGAAAAGACCCAGACCCGGCGAUCCCUUUGAUACAUAUCCCAAAAACUUUUGGCAAGAAUUUUCUUCUCCGUUUACUGAUAGCCCAAGUGUAGAUGAGCAGUCCCACACUGAAACCGGUACGGAUGAACAGCUUCCAUAUUUUGCAGAUGAGUAUACGACAUACAACGUCAGCAGCCAAUUAUCUGCAAAUGUAUACUUACACUGUCGUGUGAACGAUCUUCAAGGAAAGACUGUAUCAUGGAUGAGACGAAAAGGAGAAGAACUUACUUUAAUCACUUUCGGCAAGCACACCUACAGUAGUGACUCGAGAUAUUCACUAGAAUUUGAGGAGCCGAAUGACUGGAGGUUAUUUAUUCAAAAUGUUAAGAAAAAGGACGAGGGUCCAUACGAAUGCCAAAUAUCUUCACAUCCACCUCUUGUCCUAGUGGUCUAUUUAAGUGUAGUAGAACCACAUAUCGACAUACUAGAUGAACGUCUUUCUCCAACGCCAGAAAAGUAUUAUAAAGCAGGAAGCACAAUCGAAUUGCAAUGCAUGAUUUCAGAUAUAUCGCAGCCAGCAACGUAUGUAAUAUGGAAGCACGGCCAAAAAGUAUUAAACUAUGAUACAAAUCGGGGUGGUAUCAGUGUGAAAACGGAUUUACUGCCAAAACGUAUCGCCAGCAAGCUCUACAUUGCGAAUUCAAACUAUCGUGAUUCCGGAAAUUAUACAUGUAUACUUAACAACGAUACAAAAGCGACUGUGGUUGUGCAUGUCCUCAGUACCGAACAACCCGCAGCCAUGCAGCACUCGGGGGUUGCAGAUGUGAUUUCUUACGUACACACCAUUGCAGCUCUCCUGUGUCUCACAAUCAUCCGGUGACACAACUUUCGAUAAAUUAAUCCAUAGAUAAGUGAAAACCUGGUCUUCAAAUUAAUUAUAUAUAAAAUGUGGAAAUAAUAAUGCAUCGAAACUUCAUUACUCUGUAAUCUUUCUUGUAAUAAAAAUUUGGAGUUAU